UUGAAGCGUUAGAGCUAAUUGUAUAAUGAUGAGGGGAAUAUUCAGAUUCUCUCUAUCUGGGAGCAUUUAUGAUCAUAACAUUUCGUCUGCCUUCGUGGAGAAUGGCACUCGGCUUCCCAUCUGUAGGCAUCAUUCAGGAACUAGUGAACCGUAUACAUCUUCUGACCAAACUCUUAAAUCCUACAACACGAUACCCGGGGAAUGGAAGAGCAACUGGGUCAGUGUUUACACGUUCUGGAAAAACGGUGGCAUCAAAAAUAUGCAUAAUCUCAUGUUAAGUAACUUCAAUAAGUACGGUCCGAUUUACAGGGAAAAGAUCGGUAACAACAAUAGUGUAAACAUUAUUAACCCAGAGGAUGCGGCAAUCUUGUUUAAAUCUGAAGGCAUGUUUCCAGAGAGGAUGAAGAUGAAGCCAUGGAUGGCUUACAGAGACCAUAGAAAAGAAAAAUAUGGAGUCCUAUUGAAAAGUGGAGAAGAAUGGAGAAGAGAUCGACUAGUUUUAAAUAAAGCACUGAUUUCACCCCAAAUUAUCCAAAAGUUUAUCCCACUUCUCAAUGAAGUGGUCCUGGAUUUUGUGUCCACAGUUCACAAACAGAUUGAGAACAGUGGGAGAAAGAAUUGGACAGCUGAUCUAUCAAAUGAUCUCUUCAAAUUCGCACUUGAAUCUAUAUGCCAUAUAUUGUAUGGAGAACGUCUCGGUUUGCUGCAGGGUCUCCACAAUCCUGCAUCACAAAAGUUCAUCGACUCAGUUACAUUGAUGUUCAAAUCCACAUCCCCAAUGCUUUAUAUUCCACCUGGGCUUCUGAAAUCAAUCAAAUCGAAGAUCUGGCAAGAUCAUGUUGCUGCUUGGGAUACCAUUUUUGCACAUGCUAAUACCUGUAUACAAAAAACAUACAAGCAGUUCCACAUGGGAUCCAAAAAUGACAAAGAAUAUUCUGGAGUUCUAGCAGAUCUACUGCUGCAAGACCUGCUGCCCCUAGAUGACAUCAAAGCUAGCGUUACAGAGCUUAUGGCAGGUGGAGUUGACACAACUUCCAUGACUCUCUUAUGGACUAUGUAUGAGCUUGCCAAAAACCCCAAUGUGCAGGAAAAUUUACGCAGUGAAAUUAUAGAAGCCAAUCAGAAAACACAAGGUGAUCUACUACAAAUGUUAAAGUCAGUGCCACUACUCAAAGCUGCAUUAAAGGAAACACUGAGGCUUCAUCCAGUAGCUGUAACGUUACAGCGCUACACAAAUGAAGAUAUUGUAAUGCAAAAUUACCACAUACCUGUUGGGACCUUAGUGCAGGUGGGAUUGUAUGCAAUGGGAAGAAACUCAGAGAUAUUUCACAAGCCACAAAGGUACAACCCAAAAAGGUGGCUGAACCAGGAAAGCAACUACUUCAGAAACCUUGGCUUUGGAUUUGGACCCCGGCAGUGCAUUGGGCGUAGGAUCGCAGAGACAGAAAUGCUGCUGUUUCUAAUUCACAUGCUGCAGAACUUCAAAAUUGAAACAAGUCAUUUGGUUGAUGUGAGAACAACCUUUGACCUUAUCCUGAUUCCGGAGAGGUCCAUCACGUUAAUUUUAAAGCCUGUUAAGUGAAGAGAAAAGGACAUAUUUAUGGAAGACACAUUAUAUGCUUGUUUCAUCUUUUCAUUGGAAACUAAUUCAUGUGUAAUCAUUAGAGGUAUACAGGUUCACUGAUCAUAAAUGGGUUAGCACUGGUGGUCAAUUUAUUUAUCCAUCAUUUGGAUUUAUUUCGAUGCGACUGUAAUAAUGGUCAAAUUAAGGUGUUCAAAUGACGUGGUAGCCAAUUUUCAUGAAUGAUGGGGAGUAGUAAGCGAAACCAGUUCAGACAGCGAGGGAAAAAAAAUCAUAUUGCAGAAGAGAAAUAUAUUGUCUUUCCUCCCACAGGUGUACCCACAAAAUGCUGCUUAAACCCAUGAGGUAAAUAAUUUCUCCUGGCUUUAUAUAAUUAAUUGUAACAUCAUUCUUUCAAAGUAAGUUCAUGAUUUUAUAAAGCUAAGCACACAAAGCGAACUUUAUCCUGGUGAAGAAUGAGCAGAACUCCAAAUCAGUCAGAAAGGUGACAAACAAUUUUAUAUAUUGCAAAUCUUUGUUUUUACUUGUGAUUUUUCAGCUUCAUGUUAAGGUAUUAUUCCUGUUUCUAUAUUCACUUGGCAAAAAUUACUGAAAAAGAGGCAUGCUGUCAAAACUUUUUAUGUUGUACUCAUCAGGACAGAAUCAUAAGAAUGCCAAAUCUCAAAGGGAACAACAAUUUAUACUGAAUAAGUUAACAAUAAAAACUACAUGAGAACCAAUCAGCAUUCUCUUUUCAGCAGCAUAGAUUGUUCUUCACUUUGAGAUCUCGUUUUCAUUCAAUGUGUGCAAAUCUCCAAUUUUCAGCAUUAUAAGAAUUAUUUUUGCAAAUAGUAAGAUAAACAGAGAGUAAAUGAUUCAU